UGCGGGGUGGGGUGGUGGCCGUUACGUUCGGGGCAACGGCUAAGGCAGUGGAGAAGUGAGAAGAGAAACAACGUCCGGCGCUUCCGCCUUCGCCUAGGAGGAGGAGGAACUGGUAGGAAAAGGAAAGCCAUUCGCCCUGGGCCUGGACUAGACCUCGUCGGGCCGGCGGAGGUCUGGCUAUGUGCCUUUGAGGGUCGCUUGGGACGCCGAGCGAGAGCCGAGAGCGAUGUCUCAGCCGCCGCCGCCUCCUCCGCUGCCGCCGCCGCCGCCUCCCCCUGAGGCUCCGCAGACUUCGUCGUCUCUGGCGGCGGCGGCUUCUCCGGGGGGCCUUUCGAAACGAAGGGACCGAAGAAUCCUUUCCGGGAGUUGCCCGGAUCCCAAGUGCCAGGCGCGCCUCUUCUUCCCGGCCUCGGGUUCUGUCAGCAUCGAGUGUACCGAGUGCGGACAGCGGCACGAGCAGCAACAGCUGCUGGGAGUGGAGGAGGUGACCGACCCGGACGUAGUGCUGCACAAUCUGCUGCGGAACGCGCUACUCGGAGUGACGGGGGCUCCCAAGAAGAACACGGAACUGGUAAAGGUGAUGGGCCUCUCCAACUACCACUGCAAAUUAUUGUCGCCAAUAUUGGCACGCUAUGGAAUGGACAAACAAACGGGCCGGGCCAAGCUUCUCCGGGACAUGAACCAAGGCGAACUGUUCGAUUGCGCGUUACUUGGUGACCGGGCCUUCCUCAUCGAACCAGAGCACGUCAACACAGUGGGCUAUGGCAAGGACCGCUCCGGAAGCCUCCUGUAUUUGCACGACACGCUCGAGGAUAUCAAACGGGCUAAUAAAAGUCAAGAAUGCCUCAUCCCAGUGCAUGUGGAUGGGGAUGGACACUGCCUAGUGCAUGCUGUGUCUAGGGCUCUAGUAGGCCGAGAGCUCUUCUGGCAUGCUCUGAGGGAGAAUCUUAAGCAGCACUUUCAGCAGCACCUAGCCCGAUAUCAAGCCCUGUUUCAUGACUUUAUUGAUGCUGCCGAGUGGGAGGACAUUAUCAAUGAAUGUGACCCUCUGUUUGUGCCACCUGAAGGUGUCCCCUUAGGCCUGAGGAAUAUCCACAUAUUCGGCCUUGCCAAUGUGUUACAUCGUCCCAUAAUUCUUUUAGAUUCCCUCAGCGGCAUGAGAAGCUCUGGUGAUUAUUCAGCCACCUUUCUACCUGGCCUCAUACCUGCAGAGAAAUGCACUGGGAGAGAUGGUCAUUUGAACAAGCCAAUCUGUAUUGCGUGGAGUAGCUCUGGUAGAAACCAUUAUAUUCCCUUGGUAGGCAUAAAGGGGGCUGCCCUGCCCAAACUACCCAUGAAUUUGUUACCUAAAGCAUGGGGUGUGCCUCAGGACCUUAUUAAAAAGUACAUCAAGCUUGAGGAGGAUGGUGGCUGUGUUAUUGGAGGAGACAGAAGUUUGCAGGAUAAGUACUUACUUAGGCUGGUUGCUGCUAUGGAAGAAGUCUUUAUGGACAAACAUGGUAUCCAUCCUAGUUUGGUUGCUGAUGUACAUCAGUAUUUCUACAGAAGGACUGGGGUGAUAGGAGUUCAGCCUGAGGAAGUUACAGCAGCUGCUAAAAAGGCAGUAAUGGACAAUCGCCUUCACAAGUGUUUGCUUUGUGGUGCCCUUUCUGAACUUCAUGUCCCUUCUGAGUGGUUGGCUCCAGGAGGGAAACUGUAUAACUUGGCAAAAAGUACUCAUGGGCAGUUGAGGCCUGACAAAAAUUACAGCUUUCCCUUAAACAAUUUGGUUUGUUCAUAUGAUCCAGUAAAAGAUGUUCUGCUACCAGACUAUGGAUUGAGUAAUCUAACAGCUUGUAAUUGGUGCCAUGGCUCAUCUGUGCGAAGAGUCAGAGGAGAUGGCUCUAUUGUGUAUUUGGAUGGAGACAGAACUAAUUCUAGGUCUACUGGUGGCAAAUGUGGUUGUGGAUUCAAACAUUUUUGGGAAGGUAAAGAGUAUGACAAUCUUCCAGAAGCUUUUCCUAUCACUUUGGAGUGGGGAGGAAGAGUAGUCAGAGAAACAGUAUAUUGGUUUCAGUAUGAAAGCGAUCCAUCUUUGAAUAGUAAUGUUUAUGAUGUUGCAAUGAAACUUGUUACCAAGCACUUUCCAGGUGAAUUUGGGAGUGAGAUCCUAGUUCAGAAAGUUGUCCACACUAUAUUGCAUCAGACUGCAAAAAAAAAUCCGGACGAUUACACUCCUGUAAAUAUAGAUGGUGCUCAUGCUCAGAGAGUUGGAGAUGUGCAAGGACAAGAAUUGGAGUCGCAGCUACCAACUAAAAUUAUUCUUACUGGACAGAAAACAAAAACUUUGCAUAAGGAAGAAUUAAACAUGAGUAAAACUGAAAGAACUAUUCAACAGAACAUCACAGAACAAGCUUCUGUGAUGCAGAAACGGAAAACAGAGAAAUUAAAACAAGAGCAAAAGGGGCAGCCCAGAACUGUUUCUCCAAGUACUAUUCGUGAUGGGCCAUCAUCUGCACCUGCCACCCCCACCAAGGCUCCCUACUCACCUACCACUUCUAAGGAGAAGAAGAUUCGAAUAACAACUAACGAUGGACGGCAGUCUAUGGUUACCCUUAAGCCUUCAACAACCUUUUUUGAGCUUCAGGAAAGUAUAGCCAGAGAGUUCAACAUUCCUCCAUAUUUACAGUGUAUUCGAUAUGGCUUUCCUCCUAAAGAGUUAAUGCCACCCCAGGCAGGGAUGGAAAAGGAGCCAGUUCCUUUACAGCACGGUGACAGAAUUACAAUAGAGAUCUUAAAAGGAAGAGCAGAAGGUGGUCCAUCCACUGCUGCACACUCAGCCCACACUGUGAAACAAGAAGAGAUUGCUGUUACUGGUAAACUGUCAUCUAAGGAACUUCAGGAGCAAGCUGACAAAGAAAUGUACUCCUUGUGUCUUUUAGCUACAUUAAUGGGAGAAGACGUGUGGUCUUAUGCAAAGGGACUUCCUCACAUGUUCCAGCAGGGUGGUGUAUUCUACAAUAUUAUGAAGAAAACUAUGGGCAUGGCUGAUGGCAAACAUUGUACUUUUCCACAUCUACCUGGCAAAACCUUUGUUUAUAAUGCUUCUGAAGAUAGACUGGAGUUGUGUGUCGAUGCUGCAGGACAUUUCCCCAUUGGUCCUGAUGUUGAAGAUUUAGUUAAAGAGGCUGUAAGUCAGGUGCGAGCAGAGGCUACUACAAGAAGUAGGGAAUCAAGCCCUUCACAUGGGUUAUUAAAACUAGGUAGUGGUGGAGUAGUGAAAAAGAAAUCUGAGCAACUUCACAAUGUAACUGCCUUUCAGGGGAAGGGCCAUUCUCUAGGAACUGCAUCUAGUCACCCGCACAUUGAUCCCAGAGCUAGGGAAACUCUGGCUGUGAGAAAGCAUAAUACAGGGACAGAUUUUAGUAAUAGUUCCAUUAAAACAGAGCCUCCCGUGUUCACAGCUGCUUCUAGUAAUAGUGAGCUUAUUCGAAUAGCUCCUGGAGUAGUAACAAUGAGAGACGGUAGGCAGAUUGAUCCUGAUGUGGUUGAGGCCCAGCGGAAAAAAUUGCAGGAAAUGGUUUCUUCUAUUCAGGCUUCAAUGGACAAGCACUUGCGGGAUCAAAGUGCAGAGCAAGCACCAUCUGAUCUUUCCCAAAGAAAAGUCGAAGUUGUGAGUUCUGUGAGGCCUGUGAAUCUUCAGACUGGCUUGCCUGAACCGUUUUCUUUAACUGGUGGCACUGAGAAUUUGAAUACUGAAACAACUGAUAGUCAUGUAGCAGAUGUACUGGGAGCAGCAUUUGCCACAAGGUCAAAAGCACAAAAAGAAAAUUCCAUGGAGGAACCUGAAGAGAUGGAUAGUCAAGAUGCUGAGACGACUAACACAACUGAGCCGAUGGAUCACUCGUGAUUUAAUUUAGAGGCUAAUAAAGGCAGAAUGUUUAUUGUGAAUAUGUAAUAUUUGUUGGCUGGGCCACAUAACUUGAGUAGUCAUUAAAAAUCUUGUACGUAUAUAAUUCAAAGAUUAUAUCUUGUUAUUCAGUGCAUGAUAGCAAGUGUGUGAUUGGCAAUAGCUUUUAAUAUACUGCUGCCCAGGCUGGCUCUGAAUUCUUGUAAAUUAGUUUAGAUCUUUUGAAAGGGUUUCUUCCAGAUAUGUGGUUCAUUGGAAGUUCUUUGUCAUUUUUAAUUCCAUGAAAGUCUUAAUUUCCAGACAUGAAAAUUCUCUUGUUAAAUGUUUGGUUUCUGCACAGGCCAGAAUUGAAGAGGAAAUGACAGUUUGUACACAUUGUUUUCAAGGUAGCCGUCCUACAUUUCAUGAGAAUGUUGAUUUCAAGUUUACCUGAACUAAAUGUAUCUUAAAAUACAUAAAACACUUUAUUAGAUUACUUAUAAUAUUAUAGAGACAGCUAUUGUUGGCAAAAAUAUCUUGACAGAAGAGAGUAGUGAUACAACAUUUUCCUGAUUUGAGCAAACUUGGGAAGAAAUAUCUACCCUAGUAUGAUAAAAUCAGUGUGAUUCAGUUAGUUGGUCUGAGAUAUGGCCAGUUGUGUGCUCUUGUUGAUAAUAUGUUGCCAGUAUUUUUUAAAUCUUGGCCUUGUCAAGUUCCACCUAUUAUUUUUAAAAUCUUACAUAAAAGAGAAUGGCAUUUUGUUUUAGAAUAUUUAAAAAUAAUGGUAGCAGUAGUUAAUUUCUAAUUUUCAGAGUAUGUCAGAGUCACAAAGAGUUUAUCUGUAUGAAUGGUUCUAUAGUUUUGACACAGUGGUGUGUAAGCCUGUAUAUGCUAAAUGUCUCUAAGCCCCUAUGAACCAAAAAUGUUUUCCUUUUUUCUUAGUGUCCUUAAGAUUUUCUUUUUGUCAGCUUCACUUGAGUUUGGAUGCAUAGUUUACUCCAGUAGACCAUUAGCAUUUGCUUAUAUUGCUUUCAUGCUUAUGUAGUAAAAACAAUGCAUAUUCCUGAGAUUGGUACUGCUCUUGUAUUCUGUUCUGUAGAUUUGUAUUUGUAAAUGUGUUUUCAGUCCAUCUUCCUUUGUUUACUGAAAUUAAGUUGAAUUUGAAUGAACGAAUGACAAAUGUAUGUUAAUAUAAUCUCUUAGAGCAUUCAAAGCCCGGCUAUCUCUGUUUGCACAUGUAACAGAUGCAGAACUGUUUGCAAUUCUACAAAAUUGUAUGUCAGAAAAUACAUUAUCAGGUGUUUAAAAAAAUCUCUUCCUGUUCAUUCGAAAAGAAUGUUGUACUUGAACUUUUUCUAGAUAAGGGAGGUUUUUUGUUUUUUUCUGUGAUAGUAUCUUUAAGUGAGUCUACAUACUGAAAGUCCACUUUGUUGAAUGUGGAAGGAAGGGAGAAUCUAGAUGUUUUUAAAGUGGAGCUGAGUUUAAGAUAAUGUACACCACCACACACACCUGGGUUAGUGUUUAUCACAUCAUACUUUGAAAUAUUUUAUCUCAUUCAUUUAUAUUAAAGUUCCAGGAAAAUAUAUAACUUUCAUAUACUAAUUUUGCAUGAAGUAAGAUAGCCAAAUUCUUAACAAUUAGCUGUGCUUUAAUGCCCCCCCAACCCCUCCACUAACCACUAUUAUUUUGGCUUAGUCAGCCACUGAGAUACUCUUCUCAAUUUUUUUUCCUGGUUUAAGUACACAAAAACUGCUCAAUAAGCAGAAAAUGUACUGUGUCAAAUAAAUUAUAUAAUCACCCUGCUUUAACAGAUGCUCUUCUGUGGCUUGGUAUUUUAAGUUAAUAACUGGCAGGAUCUCAAAGUAGGAGUAUCAGAAACAAGUUUUGUUUUUUCCAGACAUGGUCUUACUACUAUGUAGCCUUGGCUGGCCUGGAGCCCACUCUAUAGACCAGGCUGGCCUUAAAAAGAGAUCUGCCUGCCUCCGUCUCCCAAGUGUUGGGACUAGAAGGCAUACUAUACCAUGCCUGGCUAGAGACUAAUUUUAUCUCUCUAUUAAAUACUUGAAUUUCGUGUAAAUUAUGCACAUGUGAAUGUUAGAAGAUGGACUUAAUCUCUGACAAUACUUCAUUGUCUCUAGUGACCGUAGUGGUAUUUAGGGUUAGAAACUUAAUUGGGUAUAAAGAAAAGUUUGGGUUCUCCCUUGAUAGAAAAUACAGACAAACAACCAAACAAAAAACAGGUUUGAGAAUUCAUCAGAAUUCUUGAACAUAUUUCAAAUCAGUUGAAUGAGAUUAUUAGUGGUUUGGGGUAAAUUUUGAGAGAGUUUGUUUUAAACAUUAUUUGUGUAUUUUAUGUGAGUGUAGAUGCAUUUUUACCAUUGUGAUACCACUGUGCUAUGUCAGGGCAGCACAAUAGCUUGUGAUCUCAAGUAAAAAUGGUUUUUUAGCCCUAGAAGUAACAUAACUGUAACUUAAAGCUAUUCAGUUCUAUUUGCAGUGUUCACUGAAUACUGAAGUAAUACUGUAAAUAUUUUUCUUCAGUAAUCCAUUUUGUAACCAUACCAAGUUUGAGUUGAUGACCCGAAGUCCAGGCAGUUAAAGGUAGUGUAUGUCCAGAAGGCUGGUAAUGAACAAUUGCUCAAGUUGAAGGAAACAAGACACUGCCAAGUAUUAUGAGUAGUAUACAAUUAGCUCCAAGGGAAUGGUCACUCAGAAACUAAAGAACAAGCCUAUCUAGCCAUUUCAUCUUCCACCCCUUAAACUAUGUUUCAGGUGUUUAUUGGAAAUAAUUAGGAAAGAGACCUGAGAAAUUUAGCAAAUGCUAGUAUUUGAAAUGCUUUAUACCUUCCUAUAGUCUUUAGUUUGGUUUUUACAAUUAAGCUUUACUGCUUGCAGUUGAGAUAGCAUUCUGGAAUGUACUUGUGAGACUAGCCACAGGUCUUACAGAUCUUUAUUGCCAUUAUUUUAAGGAUCAUAUUCAUUGGAUAUUAACACUGUCUUAAAUAGGGUCUCUUACCUCAGGGAAGAUAAUUUGCUAGCAACUCCUAUAUUAUUAUUGACAGGUUUUGGAGAACUACUUUGACAUAUCACAUGUUAGCUACCAAAUGCAAAAACAAGUAUUAUGUAGUUACCUGCUGUCUGCUACUGAACAUUUCUCUAGAUAUUUAGGGCCCUAUUAUUAAGUAACAUUUAAAUACGAAAUAAACUUCUAAGUUCUGUCAUUAGAUACUUCAUGUUUUCACUAUAGUGAUACUAUAUUUUUUUAAAUUUCAGAACAUUAAUAUAGUUUUGUCCUCAUUUUUCAAGUCAAUUUAAUUUGCCCAAACUUAAAUACUCAAAUACAAACAAAUCUUGAGAAUUUUAUUUUUCUUGCUUCCCCUCCCACCACCCUUGAUCUCAAAGCAAGAUUUUUAUAAGAUUCUUAUAAAAUCAGAGCCCUUGCAAAAUUGGUUUAAAUUCCUCUCAUUUUAAACUUAGAUUCAAAGUUACUUUUUUAUAACAUAAAUAGAUGCAUAUUCUAGGUUGGCUAGAUGUUCAACUUUCCAAGACUAUAACAAAAUUGUACAACAUAGAGGCUCUUCACAGUUAGAUUUUUUUUUUUUUUCAAACAAGAACAGCUCAUGAAAAUAGGCCAUGGUAGUAAAAUGUGUAUUUAAGUAACGAAGGGGAGAUAAAUCACUAAUGUCACAGAGUUAAUUGCAAGUUCUGCCAUUCUUUGAGAUGCCAAGUGUUUCAAUUCAUAUUUAAUGAUACUCAAAUCGUGGAAAUUUUAACGUUUGUUCCAAAGUAGCAGAAACUGUAAAAAAAAAAAAAAUUGUGAAUUAUUGAAGAAAAUACCAUUACUUGUAUACCUGACAUUUAAAGUUUUUAAUUAUGGAGUUGACAUGUUUUUGUAGUAUAAUAAUACAAUGACUAUUCUCUUGUAAAAGAAAAGGAAAAACUAGUAAAGAAAAAGUUUUAGUUGAUGUUAUUUGCUUGUAUCAAUUACUAGUAUUUUAAAAUUUAAGGUAUUGCAUACUUUACGCUAGAAUGCAGAAAUCCCUCCUGGAGCCUUUAUGCCUGUUGUAGAGCAAUAAAGGACUGAAAAGCUUAUCAAUAUUUUCAGGUUUGUUUGACUGAGUAUUAGUGCUAAGAAUUGAAGAGUCUCCUUUUUUGGAGGGAAAUGCUACUUAGAUUAAAACAAAGCCAUAAUAGUAUAAAUAUUUAGACAAAAAACUAACAAGUACUUUAACUUGGCAGUGAAGUAGUAUAGAUGCUAUUAUCUGUAAGGCACAAGCUGUUAGACAUUACUUUCUGGUUUCAUGGUUGUUUAGUAUAUAUUAAAAUUGAGAAUAAAUAAUUGGUAGCAGUAUAACAGUAUAGUGUUUUUGAGCACACAUCACUGUACAGUAUUUGAAAUUUUGUAUUAAUAGAAAACUAAAUAAUAUAUUCCCCCUCAACUUCACAUUGGCUUUUUAAAAAGUAAUGUUCUUUAGUUUCCUCUAAUUAGAGUUUAAUACCAUAAUGCAUGAACAAAUAGUUCAGUUUUAUAAUAACAUUUUUAGCAUAAUAAAGUUGUUUUUAAAACUUAUGGCCAGGCAGUGGUGGCACACGCCUUUUAUUCCAGCACUUGGGAGGCAGAGACGUGCGGAUUUCUUAGUUCGAGACCAGCCUCGUCUACAGAGUGAGUACCAGGACAGCCAGGGCUGUACAGAGAAACCCUGUCUCGAAAAAGGAGGAAAAAAAUCAAAAACAAACAAAAACGAAAAACAACAACAAAAAAAUGCCCAUACAUAUGAAUUACCCAGGAACUGUAAUUUCUUUCCUUAAUGCAGGUUUUAAUAUUAGAUGAAAUGAAUCCAAUUAUAAAAAAAAAUAUGCAAAAUUUCUCUAGAAAUUUUGGGUCAUGUAAUGCUUACUAAAUAUUUCAAAAUGAGAUAUGUUCUAAUUGAGAAUUUAUUUUUGAAAAGAGUACUUGUUAUGAUGAGGAUAUGAAGGGAAAAUAUAGAAAACAGCAGUAAAGUCCUCAUAGCUCACCACUCAACUGUCCACUUUGAUUUAUUUUUAAGCCUUAGUUUAUUUAUUUAAUAUCUAUUGGAUCACAGUAUUGGAUCAGUGGUUAGAACUGCCCUAGACUCCAGACUCGGGUCCAAGUCAAGCAUACAACCUACUGUGUAACCUCUGUAUCACUCCCAAGAAGGAUGAUAAUGGCAUUUAUCAAUAGAGCUGGGAGGAUUGAUGAGUUAUUACCUGAACAUUAAAACCAUGUCUGGUACAGUGUACCUUCAAAUACUUUCUGUGGUUAGUAUGCUUUUAAGUUGUGGUAAGAGUUCACCUGCCACUGACAUGCAGUACAGCCUUACAUGUAGGCCAUGUGUGUUAUACUCUUAAAUCUAAAACUUGUUGAAUGUGUAUAGUAUGUUACCAACGAGUAGAAACUGGAUAUUUUUACAUCCAAAUAUUUCUAUGAGGGCUUAAUCUCACGAACUACCAAGAACCUGGAGAGUUGGCCUUCUGUGCUUUGUGAUUGAGAUGUGCUAUGGAGCCUUUAAAGGCCCAUAAAGCUGCUGUAACCUUGAGGUUUGCAGUUGUACCUCUGUUCUGUUGACCAUAGGUACAAUGCUGAGAGUAGUGCUGAAGCAACAGGCACUGUGAACUCAGAAUGCUGAGACUACAGUCACAAACUUGAGCUUGAGGUCUUCUGUGUGUGUGCAUGCCAUUGUCCAUAUACCAUCAAGAUAGAGCUCUCAAAACUUCAGUCAAUAAAGAAGAUAAACAUUCCACUUAAGAUAGUUCAUUACUGGUUUUAGUUUUAUUGACUGGCUGUCAUACCCCAGUAAGUAAAAUAAGGCUGAAUAAUUGAUUGUUUCUAAUAAUUAAAAAUGUACAGAGAAAAGUUGAA